UGGAAGUGAAGUUAGGGCCAGUGGAAGGUCGUGCGUUGUGGGUUGCCUGAUUUUUGCGUGACCUCGGGCUCAAAAGGGAGCAUAUUUCAACUAGCCAUCCAAGUCGGCAGCAUCGUAGCGCGAUGGAUCAGACCGAGAAAGCGUUUCAGAAGCAGGAUGCUGUCUUCAUUGGCGCCAAGCGACUGUUGACCAAGAAGUCCAAGAAGGCGGUUCGGUACUGGCGCAGCGUGGGGCUGGGCUUCCCCACGCCCAAGGAGGCCAAGGAAGGCAACUUUGUGGACAAGAAGUGCCCUUUCACCGGGAAUGUGAGCAUCCGCGGCGCCAUCCUGAAGGGCAUGUGCGUCUCCACCAAGAUGAAGCGAACCAUCAUCAUCCGGCGCAACUACCUGCACUACAUCAAGAAGUUCAACCGCUUCGAGAAGCGUCACAACAACAUCGCGGUCCACUGCUCGCCCGCCUUUGAGCCCAAGGAGGGCGACAUCAUCACGGUGGGUCAGUGCCGGCCACUGGCCAAGACCGUGCGCUUCAAUGUGGUCAAGGUGGACAAGAACCAGAUCUUUGGAUCAGCCCGAAAGCAGUUUGCCCUGUUCUGAGUGUACCGAGAGGAGCCAAUGAAUGGGAUGUGCGGUUG